GUUACACAGAGAAACCCUGUCUCAAAAACCAAAAAUAAAAAAGGAAAGAAAAGCAGUUUUUGACUAUGCUCUAGAAAAUUGCAGGUCAGAGGUGAGGUAUUUCAGCCCAACACUGUUGCCUCAUAUUGACAGGGUUAGAGACUCAGUGAAGGCCCUGACUCGGGAACAAGAGCAGCUCCUGGGGCAGCUGAAGGAAUCCCUGGCAGACAAGGAACAGAGCAAGGUCGAGUUCCAGAUGGUCCGAGAGGAGAACUGCCGCUUAACUGUAGAGCUGCAGGAGGCCAAGGGCCGGCGGGAAGAGCAGGGUGCUCAGGUGCAGCAGCUGAAGGAGAAGGUGGCCCACUUGAAGGGCACCCUGGCUCAAGCCCAGCAGAAAGUGGCCGAGCUGGAACCCCUGAAAGAGCAACUUCGAGGGGUCCAGGAACUUGCAGCCUCAAGCCAACAGAAAGCCGCCCUUCUUGGGGAGGAGUUGGCCAGCGCAGCGGGAGCCAGGGACCGCACCAUAGCUGAGCUGCACCGCAGUCGACUGGAAGUGGCUGAAGUCAGUGGCCGACUGGCUGAGCUCAGCCUGCACAUGAAGGAGGAAAAGUGCCAGUGGAGCAAGGAGCGGACAGGGCUGCUGCAGAAUAUGGAGGCUGAGAAGGACAAGGUCCUGAAGCUGAGUGCAGAGAUCCUCCGGCUGGAGAAGACCGUACAGGAGGAGAGGAGCCAGAGCCACAUAUUCAAGACUGAACUGGCCCGAGAAAAGGAUUCUAGCCUGGUGCAGCUGUCAGAGAGUAAGCGAGAGCUGACAGAGCUGCGCUCAGCCCUCCGUGUGCUCCAGAAGGAAAAGGAGCAGCUGCAGGCAGAGAAACAGGAGUUGCUGGAGUACAUGAGGAAGCUGGAGGCGCGGCUGGAGAAGGUGGCAGAUGAGAAGUGGGAGGAAGAUGCCGCCACAGAGGAUGAGGAGGCCACCGCUGGGCUGAACGGCCCUGCAGCCCUGUCAGACUCAGAGGAUGAGUCCCCAGAGGACAUGAGGCUCCCUUCCUAUGGCUUGUGUGAGCGUGGAAGUCCAGGCUCCUCUCCUCCUGGGCUCCGGGAGGCCUCUCCCCUUGUUGUCAUCAACCAGCCAGCACCCAUUGCUCCCCACCUCUCAGGGCCAGGGGAGGACAGCAGCUCUGACUCAGAGGCUGAAGAUGAGAAGUCCGUCCUGAUGGCGGCUGUGCAGAAUGGGGGUGAGGAGGCCAGUCUCCUGCUGCCCGAACUCAGCAGUGCCUUCUGCGACAUGGCCAGUGGCUUUGCAGUGGGUUCCCUGUCGGAGGUCGGCACUGGGGUGUCAGCCACCCCUCCAUGGAAGGAAUGUCCUGUCUGUAAGGAGCGCUUUCCUCCUGAGAGUGGCAAGGACACCCUGGAGGACCACAUGGACGGACAUUUCUUUCUCAGCACCCAGGACCCCUUCACCUUUGAGUGAUUUCACCCCUCUCUAGUAUGUAGACACAAACUCACACACACACACACAAAUCUGAACUCGUGCCCAUUUUCCAUCACUCUGGGCUCUGUAAUAUUCUGUUCCUAUAAACCAUGCCUGCGCCCUGCUUCUGACCCAGGCUUUAUAACUCCAUCUUCUAUCCUGACUCCUCUGUCCCAGGCAGGGAUCUGUCUUGGGAGCAGUGGUUGAGUUUACUCUCUGAAAACAGUUUAGAGGAACCAAGAUGAAGGGGUUUCCCCUGUGGGAACAGAAUUAUUCAUUGCUAGCUCAAGUACACAGCUACACACACACACACACACACACACACACACACACACACCCUUCUGAUACCCGAAAGCCAGCUCCUGGGCACCCCACCCUCUCUAAUUCAGAGUUUGUUUGUUUACUCGAGUUUUUUCUGGGGCCUGCAUGGAAGCAGCAGCAUGAGCUCAUGGGGUCUUUUCAGUUCUUGGCUUCACUGGUUCUCUCUGUUCCCCACCGCUUUAUGCACCUGUCCAGCCUCUCCCAUAGCUAUAGGUCAUAAGUUUGGAAGUUUCUUUUGUAUUUUUAAGGAUUCCUAUACCUUCUCAUACCACCCCAUAUCCAAGUCCUCAGAUGGAAAUGUAUUUGUGCCUUUUGUGAGGGAUGGGGUGGGGACAAAGGAUCCCAGGUGCCCCCAAUUCCCAGCCCUCUCCAGGCCCCCCACAGCAAUAAGAACCCCUCUCCCCUAAACUGCCCUCCUUAUCUGUAACUUGGACAAAUAUAUUUAUAUGAUACAUGUUA